ACGGUGAACGCCUUCAGGUUGACACUGUGGUGUUCCAGAGUAAACAUUUGUCUUUUUGACAUGGACUUCAACGAAAGUGAGAUGGAGGAAGAUGAGAGCGAGUGGAAAACUUGCUUCAUGGAUCCAGCUGCGCUCUGCCCCGCUACCUCUGCAACUGCAGCUUCUGAGUCAACCAUCAAAACUCCAGAACCUGCACAAAAAGUUAUUUUGCAUUUUGACCUUGAUUGCUUUUAUGCUCAAGUAGAAAUGAUCAGAAAUCCAGCUCUAAGAGAUGUUCCUUUAGGUAUACAGCAGAAAUACAUCAUAGUCACCUGUAACUAUGUGGCCAGGGAGCAGGGUGUCACCAAGCUGAUGUCUGUGACUGAUGCUAAGGAGAAAUGUCCUAAACUGGUGCUGGUGAAAGGAGAAGACCUUACACACUACAGAGAAAUGUCCUACAAAGUCACAGAGGUCCUAUUGUCGUAUUGUCCUCUGGUAGAAAGGCUUGGAUUUGAUGAAAACUUUGUGGACGUAACAGAGUUGGUUGAACAGAGGCUUGCCCAGACAUCACAGCCGGACAGCCUUUCAUUUAAAGGACAUGUCUUCAAUCAUUCCAGUGCAGAUGUUAAAGGCAGCGACCACCCAAGGCUGGCCAUAGGUUCACACAUUGCAGCAGAGCUAAGAGAGGCUAUCCAUAGCAAGCUCGGCUUGACCGGUUGUGCUGGCGUCGCCACAAACAAGCUGCUUGCCAAACUGGUUUCAGGCACCUUCAAACCAAACCAGCAGACUGUUUUACUGCAGGAGAACAUCGGGGAUAUCAUGGGCUGUCUGAGUGGCCUCAGAAAAGUACCUGGCGUUGGCCACCAAACUGCAAAGAGACUUCAAGCUUUAGGAUUAAUGAGUGUAAAAGACUUGCAGCUCUAUCCACUGAAUGACUUAGCGAGGGAGUUCGGGGGCGGCACAGCCCAGCGCUUAAAAAACCUGGCCCUGGGCAUUGAUGACUCAGCCGUCACGCCCACUGGGGCCCCUCAGUCUCUCAGUGAUGAAGACUCCUUUAAGAAAAUGUGUUCAGUGAAGGAAGUUAUGGAAAAGAUUCAUGAGCUCCUCAGCAGUCUGGUGGAGAGGAUGCACAAAGAUGGCCGGCAGCCUCAAACCUUCAGGCUGACAAUACGAAAAUACUCGGCGACCAACAAGUGGUUUAGUCGGGAGAGCCGCCAGUGUCCGAUCCCAGGCAGCACUGGACAGAAGAUCCUCUCUGGUACGCUGAAAAAUUCAUCCCAAAACUCUGAGAGUUUCCUCUUGGGCCAUCAGGUCAACUCAUGCAGCAGGAUUGCUCCAGCAAAUAAUAAAGUCACCACAAAAGACACUUGUGGGCAAUCAUUACAUGUGUUAGGACUGGAACAAAGCUCUGUUUAUGCUGCUGAGGAAAACCAUCAAGCAUCCUGCAGCACAGAGAGAAUCAGUUCUAAUGAAACCAAACCACCACCAAAUGUUGACCCGGAGGUUUUUAAGCUCCUUCCAGAAGAAAUCCAGAAGGAAAUUUUGUCUCCUUCUUAUUUUAAAUCCCAGCCAAGCCCCUCAGCGUCUGAGACCCACCACAUGUCAACAAACAAGCCUCAAGAAAAAGAUUUACCAAUGAAAGUGAAGUCAUCUAGUAUGAAUCCGCCUUGGCCGGCGGGAGUACAUGUAAAUCACGGAGAAAACGUCACGGAGAACUUAUCGCUCCCCCAGUCAUCUGACUGUAACUUCCCGGGAAAUGUAGACCCCAAAGUGUUUUCUGAACUUCCUUCAGAAGUUCAGAAGGAGCUCCUGGCUGAGUGGAAGCAGCAGAAGCCAAUUUUGAAAACUCCUUCUUCAAGAAAACCAGGAAAAGCCUCGACCUCCAAAGGCAAAGAUAGAAAGGCUGAAGGGAGAGCCAGUCAGUCCAAUAAUCUGUUCAAGUAUUUCAAACCUGGUUAGAGGGGGAAAAAAAGGAUCUUAUUUUUCUAAAUGUUUGCUCUGUACGAUUUUGUUCACAAUUAUGGGAUAAAUUAACAAGACUGUUUCUGUCUGUUCUUUAAUAAAGCUGCCUUUCAGUGUCGCCACAUUGAAUUACACAUGGUAUAAUGGGGCCUGUUGGACGGAAGUUUAAUAAAAAAUGUAAUU